GCGUACUGACAGAUCAAACGUGAACGCUUUGUAAACUACAGCUCAGCUUCAUUUGGCUCGUGCUUCUGUUUGAUGUCUGUUCUUGAAGGUGAAAAAAUCACGACCCGGAUUGAUCGCAGCAGAAGUGGAUGCGCUUUAUAUUUGUUUUGUUUUUUUAAAGCAUGGCCGAGAAGCGGCGGUCUCCGUGCACCAUGAGCCUGAAGGCGCACGCGUUUUCUGUGGAGGCGCUGAUCGGUGCGGAGAAACGCAGAAAACUCGACGAUGAGGAUAGUGAGAGCUGUUUUGGGGAAGUAAACGAGGUCGCGAGCCUGACUGGGAACGCGUACGGCGGCGGACGCAACUGUGACACAGACUGUGACGCGUCCCCGGAGUGUGAGGAUGUGGGCUCGGACAGUCCUCGGCCUGCCUCGCGGAGUUCUCAAGUGCACGCGUCACCGCCGCCAACAAGCGCGCGAGCAGCAGAGGAGGUGCGCGUUGAGCUGCAGGGCUCGGAUCUGUGGAAACGCUUCCACGACAUCGGCACGGAAAUGAUCAUCACCAAGGCAGGCAGACGAAUGUUCCCUGCAAUGCGAGUGAAAAUGACAGGACUGGACCCUCAUCAGCAGUACUACAUCGCAAUGGACAUCAUACCCGUGGACAAUAAACGUUACAGAUACGUGUACCACAGCUCCAAGUGGAUGGUAGCAGGAAAUGCGGAUUCACCCGUCCCACCACGUGUGUACAUCCACCCGGACUCUCCUGCUUCUGGCGAGACAUGGAUGCGACAGGUCAUUAGCUUCGACAAACUCAAACUGACCAAUAACGAGCUGGACGACCAGGGCCAUAUCAUUCUACACUCCAUGCACAAGUACCAGCCGCGCGUCCACGUCAUCCGUAAAGAGUGCGGCGAUGAACUCUCGCCCGUUAAGGCCGUACCAACCGGUGACGGCGUGAAGGCCUUCUCCUUUCCCGAAACGGUGUUCACCACCGUCACAGCCUACCAGAACCAACAGAUUACAAGGCUGAAAAUAGACAGAAACCCAUUUGCAAAAGGAUUCAGAGACUCUGGAAGAAACAGGAUGGGUCUGGAGGCUCUGGUGGAGUCGUACGCUUUCUGGAGGCCUUCACUUAGAACGCUGACGUUUGAGGAUAUACCAGGAAUGACCAAGCAAGGUGCAACAGGCUCUCAUGGAGUGGUUGGGUCUUCAGCACACACACACUUACUCUCUACAUCACCAUGCUCCUCCCCAGCAUUUCACCUGGCCACAGGGGCGGGGUCUGUGUGUGACUACUCAGCCUGCAGUCGAAGCAGCCAUCCUCUUCACCGAUUCGCCACGCCCCUCACUGCAGACUCGUACAGCCGAUUGGCCAGUCCUGCAGCCGACGCCUUUUCCUCCACCAGAAACCCUGCUUAUGUGGGCGGCUCAGACGGAGAAACGUUUUCCUGCACACAGACUGGCCUUCCAAUCCAAAUCCCUGGUAUGCCUGGUCACGCCCCCCAGCUCCAGUAUUUCAUGCCCAGCCCUGCUCACAAUGCCUUCUCCACCAAUCAGAGCGCACCAAGUACGUACAAUGGCUUCCGUCUCCACAGUCCAUACGGCCUUUAUGGAUACAACUUUUCCACCUCACCACGACUGGCUGCUAGUCCAGAAAAGAUGGCUGCCACACAGAGCUCGGUCCUGGGCUCAUCCCCAAGCGGUACUUUGACAGACAGGCAAGUUCUGUCCCCUGUGGAUGGUCUGCACAUGCUCAGUGGGAGUCAGCAAUCUCUCUUUGACUCACGGACAUUAGGGCUGACAAGUUCCACCUCUCAGGUCACUGCCCACAUGGCUUGAUCUGUGAACUUCGACCUCCCCACCAUGAAAUGGACACAGACAGGUGGCCAGAACAAUCUGGAGGUCUCUAAGUGCUCUCUUUAUUGGACAGCUCUAUGCGAUUGUUGACAAAGGUAAGGAAUGAUGUCACAUGUGGUACUAAGGAUAGCCGAAGGAGGAUAGUGUCUACUAUUUCUUGCAUUAUCUGGAGACUACACUGAGAACUUCAAAUAAGUGAGUGUUCAAAUCUCCUACUGGCUUCUGCAUCCAGUAAAAAGCUCACACACUGACAGCCAUGAGAUUUAAAUGGACUUUAAAUGGUUCAAGUGUGGGUGUCUAAUCUAUGAAAAAUUCUGCUGUCAAAUAGGCCAGAGCUGAACACAGGCAGAACAAGACUGGACACCACAUCUGCCUUUAUAUCUGACUCUAUCUGUCUCUUUACAGCACACAAACAUACACACACUUUUCAGUCAUAGCCUCCCAGAACUAGAUGCCAAAAUUUGCCUUCUCCGUACUUUUAGUACAGCGAACAGUGCCUAUUUAUCCUAGCGAGUUUCCGAGAGAGACUCAUGGUAUGAGCUGACCCAGAAUCCGAAUUAGCUCCUUCCGAACUGAGCAGCUGGGAGCCUGCGAGACCAGAAAGAGGAGGUGACCAGCGUCACAGCAUAAUCGGGCUGUUAGUUAGGAAACAAAUAAAACGAGCAGUCCCACUGGAACCGAGCUUUGAGCUUUGGCUGCCAGUGGCUUUGGUACUUUUUUGGUAUUAGCAGAGCUUGCAAGCAGGAAAUCAGCAGUAGUCUGUAUGGGGUUUAGAGUCGGAUGCCCAGAUUUAGCGACUCCACUGCUUAUGGCCUGAAUGACUUCCAGCUAGCAUCAUAGUUUAUGGGGCUUAAGCUGAAAUUGGAAAGGUAAAGCAACAGUGAGCAAAAAAAAAAAACUUUGGCCCUUUUUUACUAAAGCUGCAAUGUGGAAAUUUGAUCUGUACUUCUCUACUGAGACAAUUUAGAAAUAUAGGCCAUGGUAGUGUUUAGCACUCAUACACUUAGAAAUGCAGACUCUGGCAACCUCCACCAGGCUUCUUGGGUUAGCCUGGGUCAGUUUUUAGUACCAGUAAACUGGAGCUGAAAAGUUAAAGCUUCAGUUAUUCAAACACAGUUUAUUUUUUUCCUCUAACAGACAUACUGUAUUAACUUUAAUAUGUCUGAUGUUUUUAAAGGAAUUCUAUAUAAAUAAUGAAAAGAUUCAUAUUAAUGUAUCGGACAAUUUCACUCAUGCACUUACGGCAAUCAUUUUCUUUUUUUUAUCUUUGAUGUUUAAGUGACACUUUGGACAAUUUUUGGCCAGGGAAUUACAAACAAAUCUUAUUGAGCCAAAUAAAAUAUAUGCAAAUUGUACAACAUA